CGUUUUUAUUUCGACUUUUAAAUCUAUUUUGUUUUAGUCAAUUAAUUUUUUGACCUAAAUACGGUUCGGAUGUCAAUAAUUAAUCUAUAAUUGUCAUCAUGUCUUAUUAUUAUUUUGAUAAAUAACUUUUAUUGGGAAAAUUCACUGAAUUUUGAAUACAACGUUUCUAUGGCAACAACUGCACUUUUCUUCUUUAUUUGUUUUAAAUAAUAAUGAUGAUAACGUUCUUCGAACUUCAACCAUUUGUUGAACAAAAUUUUUUCAAACUGCCUGAAGGCUGAAACGUUUUACUUACUUUAUUUUAGAUUGUUAUCAUGAUAAAAACGUGAUUGAUAGUAAGGGAUUUAAGCCCGCUGACUGUUUUUCUUAUCGCUACACGAGAAACGUUAAAUAAUAAAAAGUUUUCUUUAUAAGCCGCCGUACGUAAAUUCUUUAAAAUUAGUAAUUAUAUUUCUUGGAUGAAAAAUAAUAAUAUUUAUAAAUAUUACAUCAACACAUGAGAUUAAUUUAUUUCUUGUCGUGGCUAAUUAAUCCUCCAAUUAUAUAAAAAUUAUUGUACAUUCUUUUUUUUUUUUUAAUUCUGUUAUUAACUUAAAUACAAUUUGAACUAGUCACAAUUAGUUCUGUAUACUAUUUAAAUGCCUAGUAAGAAAAGAAAAUACAAUUCCAGAUUUCCAGCAGGUCGCAUUAAAAAAAUUAUGAGGAUUGAUGAUGAUAUUGGAAAAGUAGCAUUGCCUGUUCCAGUCAUGAUUUCUCGAGCAUUAGAACUUUUUGUAGCUUCACUAUUAAAUAAAGCAGGUGAUAUAACAAUGCAGAGAAAUGCCAAGACUUUAACUCUAACUCAUUUGAAACAAUGCAUUCUCUCUGAUAGUCGUCUUGAAUUCCUUAGAGAACUUGUUAAAGACAUUCCUGACGUUUCUGAAGAACAUAAUGAUGGAAACUCUAUAGAUGGUGUUGUUGUUAAAAAACAAAAGAUUAAUGACUCUGAUUCUGAUGAAAUCGUCGUCUCGCUGGACUGCCAAAAAGACCGAGAGCCCUCCAAUGACAUUGACAGUAUCGAGAUCAUCCUGUUACGCGGUGCCGGUGGAUGUUUAUGUCAUAUGUCAACGAAUCUCCCGUCGCUUCUCCAGAUAAAUGCCCGCAACUCGAAAUUACUGCGAACGUUAAGCACGUGGCGGUUGAUGUUAACGACUUAUAGAAGACAACUGAAACGUGGUCAAGUGUGUCCUGCCAUCGCACAGAAUUGUGACCGUUUUUUUACAUUCUACUGCGGUGAACUCAUCCGACUGUCCAAAGCCGAAUGUCUAGUCGACGCCUUGACAAGUAUUAGAGACGUGUACGCAGCGUAUCUAGCGAGUUGCGUUUUUGCCGACGCUUACGUUGUGUGCACGGACCGCGCGUGCCGUGUAAAUGUCAUCAACGUGUUAUGCUCGGCGUUUACCGCAACGGAACCCAACAGGUCCGUACUAGGUAUUGUUGUAUCGACCGUCCAACGAAUCCUGGUGGAUAAGAACGAGCCCGGGCAAGUGCCACCCGACGGCUUUUGCGACAGUGCCGUCGACCAGUCCAUCGACGGCGCAGACGACGCGAAACGAGACGUGCUGUUGGAGUUGCACGAUUGCUGGCCGGAUGCCGUCGGCGCUAUGGCCGACUGCUGGCACGCCGGAGAAGUAGCCGUUUUCGUUGAUUUCGUCCAACUGUGGAAGUCGAUAUUGGUCGCAAUCGACGCGGCCGCCGCCGACAUGCCGUUCCAUUCGAUAUUCGGUUCGUGUUUGUUCCAGUUGCGACUCGUCUUGUGCGGACCCGGAACGGUAUUGGACGUAGGGCACACACGGUCGUGGAUAAAUCUCGUCCAAUUAUCGGGUGCCGCCUUGAGCUGCAGUCGGACAGCGACCGCCGCAUUCGGGUUGUCCGAAGCAGUGACGUCCAACGUCCCGUCGCUUCUACAUCGCUUGGCCCAAGUCCAAAAUCGUUUGCGAGCCGAUCAAUUUGGCCGUCGUCGGGCGGUGCAGGAAACCGUUUUGCUAGUGCUCAAGUGUCUGCGAGCGGCCGCAAAGGCCACACGUCGAACGGCCGAUCAAUGCAUUGAGCUAUUAGACUCGUACGUCAAGUGUACCGGCACAGUGGACGUGCCCGUCCCUUUCUGCCGCUGGAUAGUGAUUUUGUUUCGGGAUCGGGACGACCUGAUGGUGGAAAGUGCUCUGUGCGCUCUGGACACGGUGCUGGUUCGUCCAGACCCAACGCCACCGGAUUUGAACCCUUUUGGAACUUUUGUCCAGUUCAUGAAUUGCGUGUGUUGUCAAGCCGACGUGCUACUCGAUUUUUUAAUAUCCGACGAAAAAACAUUAUUGUUACGGUACAUGUUGAAAAUAUUAAAAUUAAUUUGUAACAAUCCCGAGGAUUUCUUCCGGACUUGCGGUGACCGGCUGGACGACAUAAUGGGAGCGCUGAUUAGAUUACACUUGAAAAUAAUUAGGCUCAGAGAGAAGAACAUUUUCCCUUACUACAUCACUCCUAUAAUUAAUCUAAUUGAAAUCUGUGAUAAUUUAUACUCGAAUAGAAUGUGAAAUUAUUUAUAUAUUGUUAAUAAAACUGUUGAUUAUUUUACUUUCCCGUAAACAUUAUACUUUACAU